GCUGAAAGCGGACGGACCGCUGCAGGGGGGAUCCCGGCGGUGCGGACCGGAAGUUCCGUGGGAAGCGACCGGAAGUGCCGGUGGGGGAAGCCGCGGGCGGUCUCUCCGCCAUGGACGGGGGCAGCGGCCCCGGCCCGGAGCCGGUAAUGACGGCGGGACCCAGCCCGGCCCCGGAGCUGCCCCCGGAGGCGGACCCGGACGUGGAGCCGCUGCCGCGGGGCGGGUUCCGCUGCCGCUUGUGCCAGGUGGCGGCGGCCAACCGGCCGAGCCUGGCCGAGCACCUCCGGGGGAAGAAGCACCAGCGGCUGCGGAGCCUCCGGGCCGAGCGGCGGGCGCAGGAGCAGCGGAGCCUCUUCGUCAGCGGCUUCGCCCGGGGCACGGCGGCCGAGGAGCUCGCCGCCUACUUCGGGGCCUUUGGGGAGGUGGCGGCCGUGGUGAUGGACAAGGAGAAGGUACCGGGAACCGGAGGGGGCACCGGGAACCGGGAGGGAGCCCCGAGGGGGGCUGACGCUUCUCCCCCGCCUGCAGGGCGCCUACGCCAUCGUGGAGCUGCGGGAGGCGGCGAGCCGGGAGCGGGCGUUGGCGCAGCCCCAGCACGCCUUGGCCGGUCGGAGCCUCCGCGUCCGGCCCCGGGAACAAAAAGAUUUCGCCCGCCCUUCGCCGGGACGCGGUGCCCGCCGGGAGGCCCUCGGUGCUGGGCAGCUGGAGCAGGCGUUGUGCCAGGCCGCAGAUGUGAGCGGGGCCGGGAGCGCUCAGGAUCCUUCGCGGGAGGUCCCCGCAGGGGAUUUGGGGUCCCCCAAGGAGCGAGGGGGGGCCCUUGGGGAACGGGGAGGGAUGUCCGAUGGCCAGCGGGGUUUUUUGGGGCGUGCGGGGUCUCCGUGGGCCGGCGACGAGGCUUCUCCCCGCAGGUGGACGCCCAGAUGGAGCAGCUGGUGGGGCUGCUGGAGCUGAGCGAGGGCGAGCGUCGCCUGCGGCACCUCCUGGUCACGCUCUUCCAGGAGGUUUUCUCCGAAUUCUUCCCCGGCUGCGCCGUGCUGCCCUUCGGCUCCUCCGUCAACGGCUUCGACGCCCACGGCUGCGACCUGGACCUGCUCCUCGACUUGGAGCCCACCAAAUCCCUCCAGACAUCAGCGCGGGGAGCCCCCGGGGCCGGAUCCUCCGGUGAUCCCGGGGCAGAGGAAUCCAUCCUGAGCGACAUCGACCUGGCGUCGGCCUCGCCGCCGGAGGUGCUGGAGCUGGUGGCGGCUGUGCUGCGCCGCUGCGUGCCAGGCGUGCGCCGCGUCCGGGCCGUGCCCACCGCCCGCCGCCCCGUCGUUAAGUUCAGCCACAAGCAGUCGGGUUUGGCGGGUGACAUCUCCAUCGACAACAGGUUUUGGGGGCACGCGGGGGUGGCGGAGGCUCCGUCGUUCCUCUCCCGGGGACGCGUCUGUCCCCCAUUUUGUGACACCCCUGUCCCCACAGGCUGGCGCUGCACAACACGCAGUUCCUGCGGCUCUGUGGCGAGGCGGACAAGCGCGUGCGGCCGCUGGUCUACGCGGUGCGGCUGUGGGCCAAGCAGCAGGGCCUGGCGGACGCGCAGCCCCCUGGUGCUGCCCACAGUCGCUCGGCUGCGUGAGCUGGCAGGGGACGAGGACCGCGUCGUGGUGGCCGGCUGGGACUGCAGCUUCCCCCGGGAUGCGGCGUUGCUGGAACCCAGCGCCAACAGCGAGAGCCCCAGCUCGCUGCUGGCUGAAUUCUUCCGCGUCUUCGGGGACUUCGACUUCUCAGGGCAAGUGGUGUCGCUGCGGGAGGGCCGGGCGCUGCCCCUGCCAGAGGCCGGUGAGCCCUUCAAGCUGGGGUCCCUCAACCUGCAGGACCCUUUCGAGCUGAGCCACAACGUGGCGGCCAACGUCAAUGAGAAGACGGCGUCACGCUUGGGGCGCUGCUGCCGCGCUGCCGCCAAAUACUGCCGCAGCCUGCAGUACUGCCGCAAGUCCACCAAGGGCCGGGGCUGGGGCCUGGCGCGGCUCUUCCAGCCGGGCGCCGUGGAGCCGGGGGCAGGCGCCGGUUCUUUCCUCAUCUCCAUCCCCGUGGCUGCCACCCGUCCCCCCGAGCAGCUCUGCGAGGAGCCCGGCAGCUGCGGGUUCAAGGAGAUCUGCGCCGCCAUCGCCUUCGUGCUGCGCGACAUCCUCCAGUGCGGCUGCGCCCCGGGGAAGCCGCAGAAGCAGGUGGGAGGCUCUGGAGCGGAGCAAAGCCUCCCCGAGGACCCCGCGCUGGGUGAGGAGCCGCCUGGUGAUGCCGCGGGACUGGAGGAGGAACCCCUGCAGCCACCGGUGGGCUCCAAGCGGCCCCAGCCUGACGGGACGGACAGCGCUGCGCUGCCUGGCGCCAAGAGGCCGCGGGUGAACGGCCCUGAGGAAGAGGAGGAGGUGGCGGCGAGCUGGAGCUGCGCCGUCUGGCACCGCGUAUGGACGGGCCGCCGCCGCCUGCGCCGGCAGCUGCUGCACGGGGCCAGCCCCGAGGAGCCCGACGGGGACCCGCUGGAGCUGGAGCAGAAAGUGUCGGAGGCCAUCGUGCAGCACGAGGGAGCCGCGCGGCCGCCCGAGCCGCUGCUCCGCUUCGAGGCCAGCGCCCGGCUGGUGGGAGGGACGCAGCGGGAGCCGCGGGUGCUGCUUCGCCUGGCCCCGAGCCCGGCCCCGGGGCCGCUCUUCAGGGACUUCUUCCAUUUCCUGCAGGCCUUCCUGCCCUCUGCCCUGCGGCGGCACCUGGGCUGGGGGCCGGGCGCAGCCCCCCAGAACUGAGGGGCGGGGAUUUAUUAGUUUAUUUUUUUACGCUUUGUACAAUAAAGGCCCACUUUGGAGCA